AAUACCACUGAGAGAAAUUUGACAGGAUAGCUGACAGAUGUCAAAAUCGUUUUCAAAAUAAAUAUCCAUGAUUUUUUCCAUUGUUGAUUAUUUCUUGACUUAUUACGUACUAUAUUUAUGUAGUUUAAGCACAUACAGUACCUAAUGUAACAAAUUAUUUACUACAUAACUAUAUUUAAUAGUACCUAAUUCCUUUUAGCUAUGUUAGCCAUGGCUGGAGACGAAAGAAAUUUUCGUUCGUCAUAUUAUGAAAAGUGGGAUGCCCGCGGUGUUGAAGAAAAGAAGUCGCUUGAAAUACUCAUGAAGGAAAAGCCGUGGGACAAAGUAAAGCUGAAACAGUUCUGUUUGAGGUUCACAGUGCCAGCCGCUUACAGAAACUUGGUGUGGAAAGUGUUACUUGAUAUUCUGCCAGUAUACCCUGACUCUCACCAGUAUGUGUGGGAGCAACGCACAGAGCAAUAUCAGGACCUGCUGUAUGCAGUGCAGAUGCUAGAGCUCAUAGACAUAGACGCUCCGCGGUGUCAGGUGCUGUUGGAGAUGUGGCUCCUGGGAAAAUGAAGAGAGGACACCACCUCUGUUUCCAGAAACUAACUUUUCAGUAAGUAAAUCUACUUUCUUUCUUAAAGUACUAACAUUUAUUUUAAGUGGAACACAAAGAAACAACAGUCUAAUACAACAUAAGAAUUAGAAUUAAUUAUAAUUAUUUA